UACAAUAUCAGCAUUCACCAUGAAGCUCUAUCACGACAAGGAUCAUAAAGCUUCGACUGAGUUAUCUUUCCGGCCCCUCCUGAUCUAAUCUUAGCAUUUUCGUCAAACGUUGUUCGGACAGUAUGACAGGAGUGGAGAAGAGGAAAAGAGCCUCAAGACCAAAGAGCAAGGGAGGUUGUAGGACAUGCAAGCUCAGACAUGUGAAAUGCGACGAAUCGAGACCAGCGUGUAAGAGGUGCACGAGAUGGGGCCAUCAAUGUGACGGUUAUGACGAUGAAAUUGUCGCAAAAAAGACAACGCGAGUUGUCUAUCAACUUAUGCCCAAGUCAAAUGCACACCCUGUGGUCAUCACAUGUCCAUCACUGGGCGGGAUUGGCUUUUCGCAUGAACUCGAAGCUCGGUACUUUCGUCUAUAUCAAGAAGAGCUCUCGGACGAACUUUCAGCUGGAUUCGAAACUAUUCUUUGGAAUCGAGUUGUUCUGCAAGCUUGUACCAACGAUUCAAUCCGGCAAUUGAUAAUUGCAAUUGCGGCUUUGAAGAAAGCUGGGAGGGAACCUUCGGCCAAUCUCGCAUCUCAGCAUCGCAAAUAUGCACUAUAUGAGUAUGGAAAAGCGUUGAAGGGGGUCCAAGCCGCCCUUACCCUACGGCGCGACGGUCUUCGGAUUGUACUCAUCGCGGCUCUUCUCAUAUUUGUCCUCGAAAGUAUGUUUGGAGAUACAAAAAGAGCCGUAACAAACAUCCAGACUGCUCUGGAUCUCAUCAAUCAGCGAUUGUUGCUCAUGUCGCAUGCAUGCCGUGGACCCUUCAUUACACGAGGAUUUCUCCCCCCAAGCUUUCCAGAUCUCAUUGAAGAAGAAAUAUUGAAUAGCUUCUUGAGACUUGAUCGACCUGCUGUGGGCCUUCUGAGUCGAAGUAAGGGCUCGCGUCCUCAGAACAAGAUGUUCAGCUCUAAGUUGUAUCUCGAAGACUUUCAGAUACCGGAAACUUUCUCCUCAAUAGGCGAGGCAAGAUUGUAUUAUGAAAGACUGAGGUUCAGAGUGUUUCCCGAGCACGCGUUUGAAACGAAGCUCAAGGAUACAACAUCAUUGCCAGAAGGAGCUUCAGCACCAGCCAUUCUUCUGAUGGAACUGUUCUCUGAGAUCACUGACGAGAGUUCUGCACCAGCGAUUCGCGACGACCUUGCACGAUGGCAUCAAGCUUUUGGUCCUUUGCUAAGACACUCGAGAACCAAAGAGGGGUCGUCAACCUACGUCGCUGCCAUGAUGCUGCAGAUUCAAGCAGCGGCGAUAAGCAUUCCGCUAUUUAUCCUGAACAGUAUACGAGAGUCUACUGAUCCAGCUGUUACAGCCGCACGGGACGUCGUGCAACUUUCGAAAGCUCUUGUUGCCGAUCCGAGGUUUCCAAAGACCUUUGUGUUCGAAAUGGGGAUCAUUCCAUGUCUUUGGAUCGUUGUUAUACUAUACCCAGACUUUCAUCUGAAACGAGAAGCUAUAGCUGUCCUGCGUGCGAUGGAACCUCGGGUAGAAUGCGUAUGGGACAGCAAAAUCGUUGCUGACACAGGAGAUGUCGUGGUUGAGAUGCUUGAAAAACAGCAGCGCCAAACACACUAGAACACAAAGUCUCCACUGGAAUACAUACUGGACCGCUGGAAAUUGGCGAGAAAGUCUAAACAGCAUGUUCAACUGCCUUGGACUCGACGAUGGUAAGAAUCACGUGCGACUCGUCAUGUGAGAGCAUCCCGUCCGUAAAGCCUUAUGCCUGAGGUUGCAAGCCAGCUCCUGCAUAGCGUUCAAAAUUGAGGGCAUUCAUUGUCCGCCCGUAGCCUCAUGCC